AAAAGCAUUCUCCCUUCGAGAGGCCAAAGGUUGCUGUGCUACUUUCUUCUCUUCUAUGGGGGUGGUUCGGAUCUUGGGACCACCUCUGCUGAUCAAGAUUCAAUUUGUGGAUAUUUGUCUGGAGAUUACGUCUGCAGGAAACCCAGGAAGAUCUCACAAAUCUCUCCCCCACCCUCUUUGGAAUAGGAACAGCUCACGCAUUCUAGCUUUCCUUUGUUUAGAGAGAAGAGUACUAGAAUUUCUUUAUCCUCUUUAAACUAUGGGAACUGUUGUGUAUCAACAAGGGUUUCAGUCUCAGCUUAAUGAGCCUAGGGCUUUAAGGCUUAGGCUAUCUUCACCAAAUCCUCACUUUUCUCAACCCUUUGGUUUAGCUCUCAAGUCUCAUUUCCUUGACUCCUCUAAUGAAGAGGACACCCGAAACUGUAACGAUGACAAAGCUGCUGCUUCCUCGGGCCCUGACUUGAGUGGCUGGAGCUCUCUCCAGUCCUUAUCCUCUGGCUCCUCCUCCUCUUCCACAAAGACGACAAGCUCUGAGAAAGAGAAGACUUAUGUUCAACGCCCGUCCUCUUGUAGAGCUCUAAGCGACCAGAGCUUAGCAUUGUGCACUGAGAAUCUCGGAAGCGAAUCUGGUUCUGAUGUUACAGACAUUGAUGAUUUGUUCUCGCUUGACGUGCAGACCAAGAAUCUCGGGGAAACAACAACGGAGACAAGAACGGUAAAAAGUAGGAAAAGGAAUUUGAGCCCUAGUGAUCUCCCACCUCCUUUGACCACGAUGAGAGGGUUUCAAUGCAUUCAAAUGAGACCACACCGUGAAGACGGAAGAUUGGUCAUGACCGCCACAAAGGCACCGCCUCGUAACGGGUGCUUUCAAGCUGACCGUAGCAAUGGUCGUCUCCGUCUUUCUAUCUUGAAAGACUCAGAUGAGUUUGUAGAGAACGAAGAAGAGACGAUUGAGCCUGAAGAAACCGAAGAAUACGAGGAGGAGGAGGAAGACGAAGAAGAGGAUGAUGAUGAAGUUAUAGGCAUUGAGAAUGUUCAGAUGUCAAGAAGAUGUGUUCAAGGCGACCGGGAAAACAGAGGAUUGCUAAAUUGGGAAUCUUUCUGCGUUGCUACUUCCUAAAAGAGCGAAACUUCUUAGUCUGCUCUGUAUUUACAAUUUCACAAUUUUUUUUCCCGAUGUGUUUAUUUUUUUUUUAAUAGAAAUAUCGCGUUUCC